CGGGCGGGGAUCGUGAGCAGCAGAGUUACUGCGGAGCAGCCGCGCUCCCCUCCCCACAGUGUGCGGCGCGGCGGCGCCCAGGGCCCGACUGACCCCCUCUCCGCGUUGAUGGUUUAGCCCCUGUGUCCCCCGUCCCCCCGCCCUCUGGCCGGGCGGUGGUUCGCUCCGGCACCGCGCUCUCCGGAAGUGUUGGGGCAGCUCGCCGCACGGCUGGUUCCUGCCAGUUCCGAUUGGACCCGAGUCUCUGCUGCAGCUGCUGCCAGGAAUUGGUUACACUCGUCAGUGCAGCGCAGCUGUAGGGGAACGUGGUCUGACACGAGUGAGAGAGCAGUGAUGGAAGGGAGCUAAUGGAAUAAAAGAGAGCAGAAAAUAGGAGAGGUAAGAUAAGGAAAGGAAAAACAAGUAUCCCAUUCAAAGUGGUGGGUCUAGCCACUGAACUGAAGCACUGAUUCCAGAAGAAGCUAAUUCAAGCAUUAGGAAGUUGUACCCCAAGAAUCCAAUAAUCAACAUGUCUAGCAAAAGGGCAAAGACAAAGACCGCCAAGAAGCGCCCUCAGCGCGCAACCUCCAAUGUGUUUGCAAUGUUUGAUCAGUCACAGAUUCAAGAAUUCAAAGAGGCCUUCAACAUGAUUGAUCAGAACAGAGAUGGCUUCAUUGACAAAGAAGACCUGCAUGAUAUGCUCGCUUCCCUUGGAAAGGAUCCCACUGAUGCGUACCUAGAUGCCAUGAUGAAUGAGGCUCCAGGCCCCAUUAACUUCACUAUGUUCCUUACAAUGUUUGGUGAAAAGUUAAAUGGCACAGAUCCAGAAGAUGUAAUCAGAAAUGCUUUUGCUUGUUUUGAUGAAGAGGCAACAGGGGUCAUUCAAGAAGAUUACCUGAGAGAGUUGCUGACAACAAUGGGAGACAGGUUUACAGAUGAAGAAGUAGAUGAGCUGUACAGAGAGGCACCAAUUGACAAAAAGGGAAAUUUCAAUUACAUUGAAUUCACACGCAUCCUUAAACACGGAGCAAAAGACAAAGAUGAUUGAACAAAACUGCAGACACCUGCAGAUAACUUCUUGUUUUCACUCAUGUUAAUUUCUCAGGGUUGUUUUUGUUUUGUUUGCUGGUAGAACCUGUUGCAUGCAGUUUAGCUUCACAGCUUUUGCCUUUCCAUGAAUUUAUGGGUUUCAGACCAUUAUGGCACACUUGCACCUCUGUAAUCAGACUGGAAAUGGGGGAUUUUAUUGUAGUGAAAAGGAUUUGGUGAUAAAGGUCAGUGAAUGUGAAGGCCAAGGGAAAAAGACCUAUUUCUGGAUUUUUACAUUUUUAUAAUAAAUAUCAUUUUGAAAUAAAGAUUGUUAUAUAAAUAAAAUACCUCAUUAAACCUUUUCUUGUAAAGAGGCUUUUCUAACAAUAGGAGGAAGCAUUUUCCCAAGUUGACAGUUAUAUCCACUUUUGACAUUUUAGUUCAGAAUUAAAAUGCUAAGCAGUGGGUUUACAACUUGUAACAUACAAGUCUUCAUUUAGGCGUUACCGUCCUUGCACUUAAGUUGGGCAGUGAUAUUACAUUUUGUGAAAUGUGGUGAGGAACCUCCUUAAUUUAAAACUCUGGUACAGAGCAAAGGAAUAGUUCCAAUCUUGGAAGUCAAUUUGCUUGGUGUUAUGAAAAAAUCCUGGAGUUGUGCCCAGUGUUAACUGUACAGCAUUUAAUAUUCUGGUGACUUUAGUUUUUUGUGGAAUAUGCUAGGCUUUUCCAAAGGGAAAAUAUGUAAAAGAAAGAUUUUUUGGCUAGACAUGACCAGAACACCUGUUUCAUGCUCCUUACAACGUCUGCAGGAGUGAGCCUUCUGGCAAAUCUCAGACCUGUGGUGGUACUAGGUUUCUUUUUCGUUGAUGAAAAAUGUUUUCUCCUUUUCCUCUCUGCUUGCCAUCCUCUCUCAAAAUUGUCUUUUGGCUUUGGGGAUGGACAGAAAGUGUGAACUUAACUAAUGUUUCUCUCUCUCUGCUUUUACAAUGUUAUUUCUGCCUCUUUGGGGCAACUGGGAACGUAUACAUUUUGCUUUCAGAAUGAAAGUUUAUAUUGGAAAGAGCUUCUGCUCGCUUGCCAGUUGGGGGACUUUAAAAAAAAAUAAAAGGUAAAAUUAUGGAAAAAUA